UAAAAUACUCAUCGGGUAUAUUUUUCUGCGGAAACCCUACCCGCUUAGUCGCGCGAGGGCAAUCCGGAUCGUGUUUCUUGUAUGCAGCCGCUGUUCUGUGUUUGAGUUUUGUUUUUUGUUGAUCUUGUGUUGCAGCUUGUUCGUUCUUGAACUGUGUGGGAUUCUCAAUUGCGCAGAUUAAUUUAAUGCUGUCCUUACCAACUUUUUCCAACCAUACCUCUGCAGAGCUAUUCACAUAUCAUCAAUCUUAGUUGAUUCUGUUUUCUGCCUUGUUUCUGUGGUGACCAUUUUUUAUUUGUUAUUUCUGAACCCUUGACUUGUUUCAAUAUGCUAUAUUCUUACUUCCUGUUUGCUUGUUUCUUCUGUUGGUUUUUCAUGUUUCCUUCACAAGUUUGGUUCCUUGAGUCAAUUUAUAUUAUGGGCUUCGGCAUGUUAUCGAAACAACAAAAAGAGAUCAUUAUGAAAAUUUAUAGAGCAUCUUUUGAUUGUCAUAUAAAUGUUUCUUUUGUUUGCCAGUAAUUUAUUUUUCUUUGCUCAUUCCAUUGUAUAUCUUCCAUUGAAAAUCCCUUGAACUAUUCCCCAUGACAUUUUUUGAGUCAAUAUUAUUACGCUGCAGCUUCUGCUGGUGGUUGCAUUUCUUUCCUCUUCAUAUUUUUCAGCCUUGCUUCUACAAAAAUUACUGGCAUCCGUGUCUCCUUCACGGCUCCCUUUCAAGUUCAUUUGAGAUAACAUAAAAUGCCGAGGUCAGGAGCUAGUGCUCAAGUUACCAAGUCUGUUGAACCUGAGAAGCCUCAAUGGAAGGUGAUUGCUGAACCUGAGGAGGACAUGGAAGAUGAUGUUGAAUAUGAGGAGAUUGAAGAGGAGAUUGAGGAGGAGGUUGAGGAAGAGGAAGAGGUUGAGGAAGAGAUAGAAGUGGAGGAGGAGGAAGAGGAAGAGGAGGCUGAAGGUGAGGAGGUAGCGGUGGCAAAGACCCAGACUGUUGACCUCCAUGCAAUCACUGCUCAUGGUGAUGAUAAGAAGGAUGAUGAGCUACUUGCUCUUCCUCCACACGGUGCCGAGGUUUAUAUCGGUGGCUUACCUAGGGAUGUUUCGGAUGAAGCUCUGAGGAGUUUUUGUGAAACAGUUGGUGAAGUUGUGGCGGUUAGGAUUUUAUCUGGGAAGGACAAGGUUUAUGCUUUUGUUACAUUCAGAACCAAGGAAUUGGCUAAAGAUGCAAUCGAGACUCUGAAUAAUACUGAGUUCAAGGGUAAAAGGAUCAAGCUUUCGACAUCUCAAGCAAAGAAUAAACUUUUCAUUGGCAAUGUACCCAGGGGCUGGACUGAGGAUGAUUUGAGGAAUGUGGUAUCAAAAAUCGGCCCAGGUGUAAUUGGUGUCCAACUAAUUAAGGACCCACAAAGUUCUUCUCGCAAUCGGGGGUUUGCAUUUAUUGAAUACUACAACAAUGCAUGUGCUGAGUUCUCUAGAAAGAAAAUGUCAGUUCCAGAAUUCAAGCUGGAAUCUAAUGCCCUUACAGUGAGCUGGGCGGACCCAAAAAGUGGGGACUCUUCUUCAGCUGCACAGAUAAAGGCAAUAUAUGUGAAAAAUUUGCCCAAGACUGUGACUGAAGAUAAGCUGAAAAAGCUGUUUGAACGCCAUGGAAAAAUUACGAAAGUUGCUUUGCCUAAUGUAAAAUCUGGACAGGAGAAUAGAAUUGGUUUUGUGCAUUUUGCGGAGAGAUCAUUUGCUAUGAAGGCCCUUCAGAACACUGAAAUUUAUGAACUCGAUGGGCAUAUUCUUGAGUGUUCCAUUGCGAAACCUCCUGCUGAUAAGAAAGCGGCCUCUGUGACUGUGACUGAUUUAAGGAAAGGUACUUUACUUCCAAAUUACCAACAUCAACGAGGUUUACUGGGAGAGGCCUAUGGUGUUCAGCCUGGUAGUUUUGGUCAGCCUAUGGCCUACGGAAGAGGCCCCGUGCCUGGUGUAACAAUGGUACCAAUGAUACUGCCAGAUGGCCGUUUUGGAUAUGUUCU